UGUUCAGCCGCAGUCCCUUUCCGUCCAUCAGCGAUUCUCCUCCGCCGCCGUUCGCAGUCUCCACUUUGCUUGUCUCCUCCGUCGUCUUUUGGUCCAGAUAGUCCAUCAGGUCCGCCGCCGCCUUCUGCUCCUGGGAAGACAUGGCUCGAAAUUCAACUAAAAUAUAGAGAGGAUUUUAGUGAAUCUUAAGGAGUAAAUUAAUUAUUGAUUUGUUCAUUCGUCGUGUUCCUUACGGUGCGAUUUACAACGAAAAGAUCAUGGUGCGUUCGGUGCUCUUUGAAGGUCGAGAUCAAACAAGCGGAAAAAGUCCGGCCCGUUUUAAAUUAAACUAGGGUCAUCGUGACCUGAUGAAAGGGUGUGCGAACCGCCCUUGGGAAAAGCAAGAUCGUGAUCAUACAAAUUAAAGCUCCGGCGCCUGUUUUUUCUCACAUGUGUCGCCAAAAUUCGCCAAUGUCAAACGUCAAACCAAAAUACAUAAACAAGAAAAGCUUUGAACGCCCGAAACGCCGCUGCUGCCAUCUGGAUAAACAACAACCGAUUGAUCUGAAAGGCGAUCUAACAAAGGAGUUACGAUAUAUUGACAAUAAGUGUACAAAUGUGGCUACUUAUCACUUUAAAUGCAUAGAUCUUGAUAAAGUUGUACUCAUUAUAAAAAUAUUAAAAUCUUUUUAUUCUCCCUAACUUGAAUUCCUGAGAAAAAUUGCAAACUUCAGCAACUCUAUCCCAACUCCUUAACAAACACCCCACCCAGUUCACCAAAUUUUUUGAGGCGGACAAAAAUGAUGUUUACUUUUUGGAACGUCAACAAAGAUUAAAAGCCUGGUUUUGUCCAUAGUUUUUGUACGAAACGAUAGCAGGGUUCGGACGUUCGGACAGUGAGCGUCCGAAGAUGGUGGUGGCGGGUGUCCCGCGGAGGAGGCGAUGCGAGCAGCGAUGAAGUUGGCGGUAAGGACGACCGUGCUGCUGCUGCUGUUCGCCGCCGCCGCAGCCUACGUCCUGUACGUGCUGCACGAAUCGGACGCUCCUCCUCCGGACGCCUCGGACACCACCACGAAAGCAGCGGCCCCUCGACCGGUCCAAAGGUCGUCCGUCCGAGAUUAUGGACGCAAGGCGGAGGAGGAGGAAGUGGUGCUCGCGGUGGUCGCGUGCGGCGACCGUCUGCAGGAGACGCUGGUGAUGCUCAAGUCUGCUCUGACCUUCACUCAGGCGCCGCUGCGCUUCAUCGUCUUCGCCGAGGAACAACUCGGCCAGAGCUUCACAGAAAAAUUGAAGGAGUGGAGCGGGGUCAAGGAGCUGCGGUUCCGCUUCGAGGUGCGGCCCAUCGAGCUGCCGAGGGAGCGGCAGGAGGAGUGGCGCCGCCUCUUCAAACCCUGCGCCUCGCAGCGCCUCUUCCUGCCCAACCUGCUCCAAGACCUGGACGCGCUGCUCUACGUCGACACGGACACCCUCUUCCUCACGCCACUCGAGCGCAUCUGGCAGCACCUGCACCACUUCAACUCGUCACAAAUGGCAGCCCUGACGCCCGAACAUGAGGACAGGGCCACUGGAUGGUACAACCGUUUCGCGAGACACCCGUACUACGGCCCUCUGGGUGUGAACUCUGGCGUGAUGUUGAUGAAUCUGACUCGAAUGAGGAACUUUGGCUGGAUCGACUAUGUGAUGCCCAUUUACCAAGAGUACAAACUCAAGAUCACCUGGGGCGACCAGGACAUCAUUAACAUUCUGUUCCACUUCCACCCUGACAAACUGUACGUCUACCCGUGCCGCUACAACUUCCGUCCGGACCACUGCAUGUACAUGAGUGUGUGCGAAAGUGCUGACAAAGAGGGCGUGGCCGUUGUUCACGGAAACCGCGGCAGUUUCCACUCGGAAAAGCAGCCGGCCUUCCACGCCGUCUACCGCGCCAUGGAGGAGUACCAACUGGGCACUGACCCGUACCGCAACCUGCUGCUGCCCCUGCGGCACUACCUGGAGGAGACGUCGGACACCAACUGCGGCAAGGUGCGGCGCCUCUUCCUCAAGUCGGCCGAGCAGUUCAUCAACGCCAUUUACGACUGACAAAGCAAACAAACAGCGUGUUCAGCAACUCAACGUUUUCUAAAAUUUACACACACACACAAAUAUUCAAUGUCUCGAGAUAAGGCUGCACCUCCUCGUCGUCGCUCUCAUUUUGCCAUUUGUUUGUGAUUUUGAUUCCAAAGCACGCCGAUUUCACCAGAAGGAUAAAUUAUUAAUCCACAGAAUUAAGGGACCAAAAUUGCCAAAUAGAGUUGAAUAAAAUAAUGGCAAUUAAAGGAAUUUUCUAAAGACCAUUAUUGCUAAAAUUAUAUUUUUAACUUGUGUCUGAGCGACCAAGUCAGACGAGUCUUAAUUUUCUUGAAGGUCCCUGAGGUUUGGAGAUAUUUUUCAAAUUGGCGGGCGUGAGUUGAAUCAAUCUAGAUUAGCUAGAGAUCUGCUGAAUUAAUUUGCAAUAUAUGUUAUUAUUAUUAUUAUUUUGUUGUGCUUUUAAUUUUUACAAUUGAACACUGUGAUAGCCAACAACGCAAUCGUUUUCCUUUUGUAAAUAGUUGUAUAGAAAAGCCAUUUAUACUUUUUAAACGAGACUUAAAAUUUAAUCUAGAAGUGCUGUUGAAAUAAAAUAAAAUGUGUGCGUUUUUGUAGUUUUGCCUUUGAGCAAUUCAAAUUUAUUAAAUUAAUAAUAAUAAUAAUAUAUCUUUAAACCUUAAA